AUGCUGACAUCAGAAUUACCUGUCGAAAUUACGCUCUUAUUUACAAGAUAUCUUAACCCCAAGGAUAAAAUUCAAUGCUGUCUAGUGUGCAAGAAUUGGCUUCGGGCUUUUCAGGAAACUGUUUUUGAAACAAUUAUUAUUGAGAGCAUAGUCGAUUUCAACCAUUUAACUGCUCAAACCAAUACGGGAAGUAACGUUCUUCAAAUACAUGGCCACGAUACUCGAACGCUCGAAAUCGGUAAAAACGUUUUCCUGAACAGCCAGGAGCUUUACGCUUUACAGCAACACCUUCCAAACCUACAGAAUUUCAAAUGGGAUAAUAGUCAAUUUAGAGAAUUUCUUCAACCACCUGAUACUUACGGAUGGAAUCUGUGGGCAGAAUCUCUCGUGGAUCUUGACGUAUCGUUGGAAUCACAUACUCGCAGCGAACAAACCAAGAUCUUUGAUUUGAUUCGCUCAAAUCUAUGUCGGCUCAAACGAUUAAAAUUAUCUUCUAGUGGACACAUGGCCAUACUCACCUUUGAUGAUUGUGAACUCCUUAAUGACCAACUACCCGAAUUGACGUACAUGUCACUUAGGGCUCGAUUUAAGGAAAUGAGCUACGAUAAAUUAUCGAAAGUUAAAGAAGUGAAGCCGAGACCAUGCUUUAAAACCUUGAAAAUGGACAUCAGAAACUCUACGCAUGAAUGGAUGUAUUACAUUGCUGCCAAGUAUCCAAACAUCAGUACCAUUCAAAGCUUUUAUUUUCAACGGUCCAAAAAUGUUGAUCCGCCAACUUCUCAGGCCCUAUCAUUGCUUGCCGAACUCCCACGUCCCCUGCAACAAUUAGAGACCAUUUUUAUGUCUGUCGAAGCCACUUGUACAUACAUAUAUCGUUCUUUUGUAAGCCAACUUUAUGCUUUCAAUAUUCCAGUCAAGAAGAUCGAGCUAGGUGUCAAUUCUGGCUGGACUCUCAAGAACCCUCCAAGAGAACAUAGGCUGGUAACAACAGAGCUAUGGGCAAAUACAUUGGAAAAAGUAUCAAUUGCAUACUAUACAGGCUGUUCGCAUUUUUUUUGUUUUUGCGAUGACAGUGUCUAUUACCCUCGCCUAGUUUACCUUAAUAUCAGCGUCUGUGGAGCUAGUGUCUUACUAAAUAUCGUCUUGACAAACUGCCCGUCGUUAAUGACUCUUAAAGUUGCUGGAAAUACACUCGAAAAUAAGUCAAAUCCAUCUACCCCUUCGAUUAAGCAUGGACUGCGGGAUUUAUCACUUAUGAAUGAGGAGGUUUCUGCUAAUACACUUAACUAUAUUUCCACCAACUGUAAUGAUCUGAAAAAAAUGCUACUAGAUUGCGUAACUAUAAUAGGAUCACAAAGGAUAAGUAAUUAUGAGAACUGUAUCGAUAUGUCAUCGACCCACUUUUCAAAGCUUUAUAUUAGACAUGUUCAAUAUACUCCCUACAGUAAAGGACAUGCAAUCGAGGUGUUUGUCUUUAUUCCAUCACCGGAGAAGGAAGAGGAGAUAAGGUCUCCUAUCAGAUUUUGUACAGAAAACGCGUGUGUGCGUUUUUCGGCUGGGGUUGGAGCAAAUGGUAUACGUCUCGGAUUAGGAACACAGAAGAUGCGUGAAAAAUAUUUCAGUACUUUCUCCGAUGACCCUCGCUCACAAUAUAGAAAUGAUCAGUGUCUAAAGGUUUUAAAGCGAAUGUCACUAGACCGCCGGGAAGAUACAAUUUAUCAUCUCUAUGUUACUUUUAAAUACGGCUCUGUACAAGAUUUUGUAUUUGAUGACUAA